GGGGGGUGUAGAGCGAGCGAGAGAAUACGCCUUUUGACAUUGGAGUAUUAGUUGAUUCAACAAUGAGGUGUAAGUUAGGUCACCUAUUCUGCAAUUGUGCGCUUUUCUAAAAAGACACAUUUUAUCGUCCCACGACCAUACACUGUCAACCAUGAACGCGGCAGAGCAGACGGUAACGUGGCUCAUUACGCUCGGGGUGCUGGAGUCUCCCAAGAAGAGCAUCUCUGAUCCGGACGAUUUCCUCCAGACAUCUCUCCAGGACGGGGUGGUGCUAUGCAAACUGCUGGAGCGACUGAAACCCGGGACGACGGAAAAAUUUUUUCAGGAACCGAGAAGUGACAGCGAGUAUCAACUCAACAUUAGCGAAUUCAUCAAAGGCAUCGGGACUUUCGGCGUGAAGCCUUUUGAGGUUAAUGACCUCCUUCAUGGGCUGAACUUCACCAAGGUCCUAAACUGCUUGGUUGCACUGAACAAAGCCACUGAAGAUCCAUGUGUUUCUAUUUGCGUGCCACACUCCGCCACAUUGAGGAUUAAAUCGUAUGAUUCCGUAAACAGUCCAAGUCGUUCGUCCAAACUGCAACCGCCUCAGUAUCACAGCCUUGACAUGACUGAGGGCAGUGGGUGUGGCCAUUUUCUUUUCAAGGCACGCUUCCCUUUCCAGCAGACAAAUGAGGACGAACUCUCUUUCUCCAAGGGCGACAUCAUUAAUGUGAGCAGGCAGGAGGAGGGGGGCUGGUGGGAAGGCUCCCUCAACGGCAAGACCGGCUGGUUCCCCAGUAACUAUGUGAGGGAAUUGAAAGGAAGCGACAAGCCAUUUGACAAACCAAAGUCUGUGACGCUGAGAAGUCCCCCUAAAGGUUUUGACACUUCUAUCAUCAGCAAGACCUACUACAAUGUGGUCCUCCAGAACAUUUUGGAAGCAGAGAGUGAGUAUUCCAGGGAACUUCAAAGUCUUUUGGGAUCCUACCUACGCUCUCUACAGCCGACAGACAGGCUGAGUGCUGUUGACAUCAGCCACAUUCAAGGCAAUCUGGAGGAGAUUUCAACCUUCCAGCAGAUGCUGGUUCAGUCCUUGGAGGAGCAUACAAAGCUUCCAGAAAAUCAGCAGAGGAUAGGAGGCUUCUUCCUGAGUCUAAUACCCCAGAUGAAAAAUCUUUAUGUGGCCUACUGCUCAAACCAUCCAUCUGCUGUCAGUGUACUCACUCAGCAAAGGGAGGAACUGGGGGAGUACAUGGAAACCAAGGGGGCAUCUAGUCCGGGUAUUUUGGCACUGACCACCAGUUUGAGUAAACCCUUCACUCGACUGGCGAAAUACCCAACCUUGCUCAAAGAAAUGGACAGACACAUGGAGGACCAGCACCCUGACAGAGUUGACCUCCAAACUUGUAUGGCAUCAUUUCAAAGCCUUGCUGCCCAGUGCCAGGAAGUGAGGAAGAAGAAGGACCUGGAGUUACAGAUUUUAACCGAGCCAAUCAGGAACUGGGAGGGGGAUGACAUCAAGACCCUCGGCCCUGUUCUUCACAUGUCCCAAGCUGCUGUCUGCUCUCAGAUCUGUCAGGAAUCAAGUGAACGCUACCUUGUCCUCUUCCCUCAUACGCUGCUCUUCCUCUCUGCAAGCAUGAGGAUGAGUGGGUUCAUCUACCAGGGGAAAAUGCCAUUGUCAGGCAUGCUGAUCUCCAGAAUAGAAGAUGGGGAAACCAUGAAGAAUGCUUUUGAAAUUUCUGGUGCCCAAUGUGACCGUAUGCAAGUGGCAUGCAACAAUCAGCAGGAUCUGCUGGAGUGGCUGGACCUUCUCACCAAACACACGCACACCCCUGCUGCAAACACUCACAAGACUCAGUCGGUGUGUCACACAUUGCCCUUCCUGCCUGUCACCCCUUCCCGGCACUCAGAGUCUUGUGGCGGGAGCAGUGCCUUCCAGACCCUCCCUCAUCUUUCCUCAUAUGGUGCUAGCCCCAUGUGGGGGGCCCUGGAGCCACCUAGUCCCCCAAAACCGUGGAGCAUGAGCUGUCUUCGGCCUGCGCCUCCUCUCCGGCCGUCUGCCGCCCUGUACAAGGAGGACCUUAAUAAGAGUCCAAAGAAUAUGAAGAAGCUGCUUCCCAAGAGGAAACCUGAGAGGAAACCCUCUGAAGAAGACUUCACUUGCAGAAAGAGCACAGCAGCUCUCGAGGAGGACGCUCAGAUAUUGAAAGUGAUUGAGGCGUACUGCACCAGUGCCAAGACACGACAGACCCUCAACUCCACCUGGCAAGGCACUGACCUCAUGCACAACCAUGUGCUCGCUGACUCCAGUUUCGUCGUUGCUGGCAUCCCGGGCAACCUGCCGUGUUCCGACCAAUCAGAAGACUCGGAUUAUGACAGUAUCUGGACCGCCACUAGUUACAGGACUGCCUCAUUUUCUUGUUCCAGCAGGAGGGAUGUUCACAUGUUGUUCCCAGAGGAAGAGAAGAUCAUAGUGGAGGAAACCAGGAGCAACGGACAAACCGUAGUGGAGGAGAGGAGCCUGGUAGACACUGUAUACAGUUUGAGAGAUGAGGUUCAGGAACUCAAACAGGACAACAAGAGAAUGAAAAGGACACUAGAGGAAGAGCAACGAGCUAGGAAGGAACUCGAAAGGAUCAUCAGGAGAGUUUUGAAGAACAUGAACGACCCAACCUGGGAUGAGACGAACCUCUGAAACUGAGAUCACUUUGGAACUUGGACUCUCUCAAUGAGCUAAUAUCAUGGAGGGAAAUGAGGCGGCCCGAUCCCAAAUGACCUUAUAGGUUUUCAGCCAUAGAACUAGGAAGAUGACAUUGCAUCCUUGUUAGAACAGCCUUCAUCAGGCAGCUGACUGAACUGAAAAUGGACCGUUUUUUUUUUUUUUUUUUUAGACAGCUAAAGGAAAUAAUCACAGUGAGUCGGGUAAUUGGUUUGUGUGGUCUCUAAACCAAAGCAAUACAAGCUGUGAUUUUUACGAUGCCAAUUAUGCAAUUCUCAAAAUAAUUUUGUUGUUAAUGUGUUUUUUUAUAUUCUGUACUGUUUUGAUUUUGUUAUUUUGUAUACUUGACCUGGAUCACAUGGAACAUUGCCAGCAGACAAGGAAGACAUUCCUUUUUUUCAAAACUAUAAUAAUGUUAACUGCAAAAAUCUUUUUGCCACGCUAAAGACCUGAAAUUUAUAGGCCAUAUAAUGCAAUACAGGUGCAAAUUAUGUAUUUGAUAGCAGCUAAUAAUGACUUCCAACAGUCACACACCUCUAUUUAUUUCACUCGUUUCAGAAGAAAUAAAAUUCUUCCACCGAUGCAGUGUCUUCAGACAUUUAUAUCAGAAUCACACGAUGUACAUUGUACCUGGCUUCUGUUAGUUAUGGAUGAGUGGUUUAGGACUAAUAGGACUUCUUGGAGGAUAUAGCUGAGAUCGGCUAGAAAUAGAAAAUUACAAUCCCAGUCAAGGCAUGGCUCAAGACAUUGCAUGAAGUUAUUGUUGAAAUGAAUGAAAUGCUUUGCAGAUAGGAUAAUUAAAUGAAUUAAGGACAUUAUGAAGGUUUACUGAAGGUAAACGUGUUGAGAUAAACGAGAACAGCAAUCAAGCUAUGGGAAUCAGCCAUGUUUGUUUACAUUCGCCUCGAACGCUUUGAGUCAGACCUGGGGAAAAUCUGAGCGGAAUAUUCCCGAUUUCCGACCUUUCUUGAAUGCAGUCUGCCGUGGUCACUACGCAUAGAUGCCAAGGAGACAGAUCAUGCGCAGACUGGACGCAGCUUGUUUACGUGACGCCGUAAACAAGCUGCGUCCAGUGACAGUCUGCAAAAGGAAUACACCACCACUCCUGUGAAUUUCCUUUGUUAAUCCCGAUUGAGUUGUUUUCCCCAAAUACACGAGGCUCGUGUGACGUAGUGCAAUAAAGACGACCAGCUGUGGAAACGCUAUGCCUUAGGCAUUACUGCCAUCUAGGGGUGGUGACAGCUCACAACACAUCAACGCUGUCUUGAACGCUUGAUGAACUUUCUCUUUCAGCUGUUCAGACACGCUUCUCUGAGCAUCCAAACCAACAUGUUUUCGACAUAAUGUUGGAACCUCUUUCUCUUUUGUUGUGCACUGAGCAUCAAAGCUUUCUAAACUUUAAAGGUAAUUCAAUCCAUUCCCACGGCGUACAUAUCAUAUGCUUUUAUUCAUUUACUACUAAUGGUAGAUGGAUGCAUGUACUUAUUUGCUUUUGCAUAAAAGAGUAAAUGUGA